GUGUCCAAGACGGGCAAGGAGAUCAAGGAGUACAUCGAGUCCAUGGCGGGCGAGGACCCGCUGCUCAAGGGCGUGCCCGAGGACAAGAACCCCUUCAAGGAGAAGGGCGGCUGCACCAUCAGCUGACCGGCACCGCCGGUUCCUCCCGCUUCCCCCUCUCCGACCUCGGGCAGCACCGAACCGACCCUAGCGCCAAGAAACGGGACAAAAAGAAGAAAUUUAACAAGAAAAAAAAAUACCCCAAACCCCACCCCCGCUGCCGCCGGGGCGCCGCGGCUGAGCUUUGGGUUCCCACGAGCAAAAAAAAAGCGAAACUUCUGCAUUUUCAGCAGCCUGAGCGAGCGGGGGAUGGGGAGAGAGAGCCCCGAGCCCAGAUUUGUUCCUUUAUCCCAAAAUCCCGGAGCUCCCUUCCCUCGGGAUGGGCUGGGGAUGCCACCAGCACCUCCUCCAGGUGCUGCUUCCCCCUCUGGAAA